UUUCUUAAACAAACACCUUGCAAUAGCUGAAAGAACAAAAAAGAAGAGAGGAAAGGGGCUUUAGAUGACAAAUUGUCUAUUUGAAUAAAUAAACGCCAUGGGAGCUUAGCUUAGUUGAACAAACGAUGUUGGCCACGUACCUUAUACUAUGCAUACUUAUCUCCCUUGUAUUGGGCGAAAUACUUGUAUACUUGGGGAUUUGUUUCAACACCCAAUUUCAAGAACCAAUUCUUCUGGCUUUGUCUCGCAGAAACAGCACUUUGUUUGUAUGGAUACGGAUAUUGAUGUUCGCCAUUUUCGUGUAUUGGGUAUACACAAGUAUCUCCAUUUUAUGUAGCUGGAGGAUGUUUCAUGGACCCAUCAAUUGGAGUGAUGGGGUUACUCUCAAUUUACUAAUUCUACAAUCUUCUCUCAUGGGAUUUUCACUAUUUGCAUGGAUGGUGUUGGACAAAUUGCACCCUGUAAUAUUGGAGAACAUCUCUGUUAGGAAGAUUAUCAAGGCUGAAAGAAAAAUGCUUCAGGAAAGGAAAUUGCAUAUGGAGGAUCAUCGUAGAGUUUUACAGGGUAAGGUUGCAGAAUUGACAGCUAACAUGAAGAAACUGAAAAUGGAUUAUCAGAUGAAGGCUAAUAAGGCUCAAGCUGAAGGAGCUAUCGUGUUGGAAUUAAAGAAAAACUUUGAAGAAUUCCGUCUUAAAUAUGAUCGUUUGUUUGAUUACAAUCAAACACUUCGGAAUCAGUUGCAGUCAAUAAGCCACGAGGUCCAGAAAAUUGACGUGUUAAAUGAAUGGUCUAAUUUGAAAUCCAAGCUUGGGUUCCCAACAGUUGAAAAUAAUGGAAAAUGUGUAGAUUUUGAGAAUGCACCGGAAACAGCAACAAAAUAUGGUGAGUACCCUAUCUCCGCCACUGCUUCAUCAUCCUCGCCCAGACACCGCAGACCAAUUUAUCAAUUUUGAUGUCAACUAACACUUGCUUCCACUGAAAGAUACUUCUUUGUAAGUAUAACCAAUGUAAAUUAUCAAAGAGAACUGAUGACUGAAAGUUGGAUGUGCAUAGCCUUGAGCUUUAAUUUCCUCUUCUUCUUCCAUUUAUUAGUAACUACAAAGGUGAAUAAAAUUGAUAAAUUUACCUUGCUUCUCA